AAUGGUGAAUCGCAGGUCUUUUCAGACAUUUCUCAAUAUAAUUAUUAAGGCUAAGUAGCCGAAUGUUUUUUUUUAAAGUUAUUAUACAUGAUAAACAUAUUAUUUAGUUCAAGUAAAAAUACAUGUUAACUAUAUAAACAAAUGUUCAACUAUCAAAUUUUAUUGUGUUAAAAAUUUCGCACCAUAAUUGUAUUUGUGUCUUAAAAUCAGUGAGCACAAUGACAAUUUUAGUUUGAAUAAAUAAUGCAGCAAAUAGUUACUACUGGUAGACUGAUUUCUCGUGCUCUAUGGAAUGGCUUCACAAAUUUGGCACCUUCAAAUUCUGAACACGUAAAUAAGAAACGUGAGCCUUCAUUCCUAUAUGCUGUAUGUGGUUUUCCUAAAGAAUCUUCACGUAAACAUCCUCCAAUUAAAGGAAAAUUUGGAGAUGAUGCUUGGUUUUCUGCUAAAGGAAAAGCAACUGAUGUACUAGGUGUAGCUGAUGGUGUUGGAGGUUGGCGCCACUAUGGCAUAGAUCCAGGCGAAUUUUCAAGUUUUCUCAUGACAACGUGUGAAAGACUUGUAUCUUUAGGAAAAGUUAAACCAAAUGAACCAAAUAAAUUAUUAGCUCAAAGUUAUUACGAGUUACUUGAAAAUAAACAACCAAUUUUAGGAAGUAGUACAGCAUGUGUAGUGGUGCUAAAUAAAGAAACCUCCAGUAUUUAUACAGCCAAUAUUGGUGAUAGUGGUUUUAUGGUAGUUCGUGGAGGACACGUUGUUCAUCGUUCUGAAGAACAACAACACUAUUUUAACACUCCCUAUCAAUUAUCAGUUCCACCUCCUGAUCAUAGUGGCCAAGUACUAAGUGACAGUCCAGACUCGGCUGAUACUUCAGAUUUUGCUGUUGAAAAUGGAGAUGUCAUUCUUUUAGCCACUGAUGGAGUUUUUGAUAAUGUUCCUGACCAUUUGUUGUUAAAAGAAUUAAGUAAAGUUGAAGGUGUUCGUGAUCCUACUAAAUUGCAAUGUGCUGCUAACACAAUUGCAUGGAUGGCUAGAAUAUUAGCAUUUGAUAGGUCUUUCUUAUCACCGUUUGCACUUUCUGCUCAAGCUAAUGGGAUCAAUACUGUCGGUGGAAAGCCAGAUGACAUCACAGUGCUUCUAGCAACCAUUGCUAUGUGAAUGAGAAUGAAAAAAUAUUAAAACUAGAUUGAAAUUAUACUUAUUAGUAAGCAGCUAGCUUUUUU